AUGUUGCUCUCGUCUAUGGACCACCUCGGCUACUACUCGAUGCCCAAGGACAGCUUCCUCGAGCUCGACGCCUCCGCGGGCGUCGCCGGGCCCGACGGCUACGCGCUGCCGCCCGAGGACCUUGGCGUCGUGUCCUACAUGAACGAGGAGAACAGCCCCAAGAACGGCACCAAGUCGUCGCUCUACAAGACGGAGCUCUGCAAGCGCUUCUCGGAGUUCGGCAACUGCCGCUACGGAGGUGCGUGCGCGCGCGCUCUCUCUCUGUUCCAAGUGACCUGCUCACUCAAUCUAACCCCCCCCCUCCCCCUCAUCUCUCCUCUGACUUUGGCAGCCAAGUGCCAGUUCGCCCACGGCAUCGCUGAGCUCCGCCACGUCGUGCGCCACCCCAAGUACAAAACCACCAAGUGCAAGUCGUACUGGGGCUCGGGCCACUGCCCCUACGGCAGCCGCUGCCGCUUCAUCCACGAGGAGGCCGAGGGCUACGCGCAGCCGCAGUACAGCCCCCCGAGCCACCUAGGCGGAGGCAUGUUCCUGCACGAGAAGGACCGCCUCGGCGGCCUUGGUGCAGGCGUCAUGGCCCCUCCUCCGCCGUCCGUCGACUUGAGCUACGGAGGCGGCCUCUACGGCGAGCAGCCCGCCCCGCACCACCUCCAACAGCUCCGUUCGCAUCACCACCAGAUGUUGCCCUCCUACCCCAAGGACAACUACUCGCUCCUGUCUUCGCUCGACAAGAGCUCCUCGUGGGGCGCGCCGGCCAUGUCCGCGCCCUCCUCCCUUCACCCUAAUUAUGCUGGUGAGCACUACGGCGGUGCCCCCCUGAAGCAGCAAGGAUCGCUGGGCAGCAUUGGCCUGCCCCCCGCCCAGCAACGACCCGUCCCGGUGAACAACGCGGCUAACAGCGCGUCGUCGCCGAGCUACCCGGACCUCCAGGAUGCCAUCGACGCAUUGAUGAAGUUCUCCCUCACGCAGGACGACGAGCCCACCCCGAGCAACGCCACCCCUCCCGAAACCAGCCCGGUCCCUGCUGAGCACGGGCGCCGCCUCUCCGGCGUCUCCCAGUCUGCCCUUGCUUCUGCCACAGCGGCGACUGCUACGAAGAAGUCGGAGUUCUCUCUGCAGUCGGACGAGCUGUGGAAGGACUUCCCGUCCGCUUCGUCGACGCCGUUCGCGAGCGACGACCUGCAGGCGCAGCCGUGGUCCACUGGACUGUCGCUGAGUCUUGACAGGAAGCCGUUCGACGGAGGUGCGGCCGCCGCUGUGGGCGACGCCAAGGACGCGUCUGGUAGCAGCGACGAGGAGAGCCCCCGCCUGAGCGUGUUCGAGCGCUUCCACUAA